CUUCGGCCUCGACGGUCAACUUUGGACCGAACGCGGGUUUCACCGCACCGGUCAAUCCAUUCGUUGGACCUCAUUGGGCGACCAACGGACCUUUCCUCCAUACGCCCAAUGCAGUUGGGGCCAUUUCAGUGCCCGCAAGUUCGGUCUAGAGGCCAGUGAAGUUCAAUGGCACGAACUUCAAAAUGUGGCAACAAAAGAUGACGUUCUUCUUGACCGUCCUGGGAUUUGCUGAGUACCUGCAGCAAGAUCCUCCCCAGCCUAACGAUGCCAAUGACCCCCUCGUGGCGAUGGUGAACCAAGCGUGGUACCACAAUAACUAUCUCGCCAUCAACAUUAUCCUCGAGGAGUUGGCCGAGACGCUGUACCCCGUCUACGCCAGUGCAAAGCUUGCCAAGGAGCUUUGGAGCAGCUUGAACAAAAAGUAUCAAGCUGAAGAUGCCGGCACGAAGAAGUUCAUCGUUGGGAAGAUGCUGGACUAUAAGAUGGUCGACAGGAAAUCUGUUUUUGCCCAGGCUGAAGAGCUUACGGUAAUCUUCAAUAAAUGUAAUGAAGAGAAAGUAGGCGUCAGCGAGGCUUUUCAAGUAGUGGCCAUCAUCUACAAACUUCCUCGGUCGUGGGAAGACUUCCAAGCCGACCUGAAGCUCAAAAGAACGGAGCUGGAGGUGGAGGGGAAAAGGCGAAUGUGGUAGAACAUCCGUCGGGCUCCUCACAUGGCGGGAAGGACAAAAAGAAAAUAGGUCCUAAGGGUGGCAUUUCUAAAUUCGCAAGAAAGUGCUACAAUUGUG